AUGGACUUUCAGAAGAUAGCUAGUGACGUUUACAAUCUUGCCGAGUCAGAGGAAGCUAUAGCACCCCUGGUGAGAGAGGCCUUGCAGGCCAUCGAGCAGUGUCUGGAUCAAUAUGGGCAAGACCGUGUAUCUCUGAGUUUCAACGGCGGGAAGGAUUGCACCGUCCUACUGCAUCUGUAUGCUGCUGUUCUCACCAGAAAGGUCUCCUCCACCCCAAAGCCUAUAUCCGCAUUAAACAUUCCGGUACCAUCACCGUUCCACGCACUGGAGGAAUUUGUCAACGUUGCUGCGCAAGACUACCUCCUUGAUCUUUUCACAUGCAACCCAUCUUCGGACAUCCAGUUACCCGUGGAAAGCGUGACGCCCGGCGUGUCGACCCCAACAUCGCUCAAGGAAAGCGAUAGCUAUAUAGGAAGUAGACUCCAGACUCGGCCUGUCGGAACGGCUAGAGGAGGGGAGGGGAUGCGGCGAGCCCUGGAGUUGUACAAACUACGUUUUCCGGCUAUUCAAGCAAUACUAGUAGGCACGCGACGAUCGGACCCCCAUGGAGCAACCCUAUCGCACAGAAAUAUGACGGAUCCCGGAUGGCCCGCUUUUGAGCGGGUAAACCCGAUCAUCAAUUGGGCGUACUCAGAUGUCUGGACAUUCUUAAGGAAACUCAAGAUUCCAUAUUGCACGUUUUACACGUCCCUGGGGUCUACAUAUAACACAUUCCCGAAUCCAGCCCUACUUGUCACGGAUUCUGAUUCAUCCGACCUUUUCCCUUCUUCGCUCACGGUUGUGGCGAAUGAUCCAAAUACCAUGUGUCUCGUUGAACCACCUCCACCGAAGUCGUUCAUGAACGGCAGCCUUGGUCCUUUUACCAUUAUUGCCAAUAACCCCAGCCAGACAUGCUUUGCCGAACCUGCCCUCACUUUGAGGGAAACAGAGCCAUCUAGUGGCUCUAGUGAAACAUUGGGACCUUUCCUAGUUCUGGCGAACGAUCCGAACACUCAAUGCCAUGCCGAGGUUAAUGGCAGUAGGGGUGCAAAUGGUGUCAGCUAUUCACCGCGGUAUCGACCCGCGUAUGAGCUACAGGAUGGAGCCCUUGAACGUGCUGGGCGAGUUUCGGGUACUAUUCCACCUGUGAUACCACAGAUCUGA